AUGACUCAGAGUAUGGAGGGACACUUUAGUGUUGAUAGAACUGUUGCAAAAGUCUUACAGUUUGGUUUAUAUUGGCAUAUCUUAUUCAAGGACGCUCAUCAUGUUGUUCGAGAAUGUGAUAGAUGUCAAAGAACAUGUAACAUCUCAAAGAGGAAUCAGAUGCUUUUGAAUCCUAUGCUAGAAGUAGAAUUGUUUGAUUUAUGGGGGAUUGAUUUUAUGGGACCAUUUCAUCCAUCCUCUGGGAAGAAUUAUAUCUUGGUGGCAGUAGAUUACAUAUCAAAGUGGAUAGAAGCGGUAGCCUUGCCCACCAAUGAUGCGAAAGUGGUGGUGAAUUUCCUCAAGCAUAACAUCUUCUCUAGGUUUGGAGUACCCCGAGAACUAAUAAGUGAUGAGGGUACUCAUUUUUCAAAUAAACUAAUGGAGAAUUUGCUGAGAAAGUACAAUGUGAAACACAAGGUUGCCACCCCUUAUCACCCUCAAACAAGUGGGUAA